AUGGCGACAAGAAGCAAGCGGUGGAGCUACGCCGAGACGCUAUUCUUAAUAAACACUCUGGACGAGUUGAAAAUAAUGAAACGGGUGGACGGGAGAAAAUAUAAAAAUAUCAACCUCUUCAAGGAAGUGGCGGAAAAAUUUGAGGAGGCGGGGUAUGACGGCAGGGAUGGGGAACAAAUUAAAAACAAGUGGAAACAGUUAAAGCAGGGCUACAACAAAGCCAAAAUUGACAAUGGAAGAAGUGGCGCGAGCCCAUCCACUUUCACUUUUUUCGAGGCCAUGGACCGAGUGCUUGGUCAGCGUCCUCUGGCGAAGGCCAGCUGUUAUGGCGUGGAGGCGGGUUUUGAGGACGACGACGAGGAUAUGCGCGAAGUAAACGCAGAUGAAGAGGACGAGUCUGUGGUCCAGGAUAGUGAUGCAGACACAUUGACUGUGGAAGAGAUGUCAGCAACACCUACUACAAGUCAGGCAGAGGGACCCUCGAGUGGUGAUGGCACGGCAGGGCAUGCAGCUCGAAGUCAGCCCAGAAAAACUCAAAAAGGAAAGGCCACCUCUCCCUAUGAGCGGGCUGUGCAGUCCUGGUCUGAGGAGCAGAGGAGGAUUGCUGAGGAGAUGCAAGAAAGGCAAAACAGAUGGGCUGAGGAGCAGGAACGCCGCAGGGAGGAGAGAGAGAGGGUGCGUCAGCAGCAGGAGGAGACUUCGUUGGCCAGGCUUUUGGAGCAAAACACAAGAUCAACAGAGAGACUAAUGUCUGCAAUGUUUGAUGGCCUCCGGUCCCUUAUGCCCACCCCAUCAGCAGGUCCUGCCCCUUACUUUCAAUACCCUAACCCCAACCCCUACCCUCCCCACCAAGUGCAGAACCCCAGAGCCCCUGAAAACACAGAUGAGUCAGACUAUCUGUUGCGUAGACUGUACUAG